GUUUCCACGUGAAUGGCAUGACAUCCCUGAAGCAAAGAAAACAAAUCAUAUCCAAAUUUCUAGUUGGGAUAUGAGCCGCUGUCGAGGGCUGCUUCGAGAGGAGCCGCCACCGCCCCCAUUCCCGUCUCCCGCUGUCGCUCUCACUCUUGCUCCUCCUCCUCCUCCUCUGCCGUCGCACCCCGCCGAGCCUCCCCGACAGCCCCCUCCCGCCUUCUCCUCCUCCCCUUCGUUGAAAGCUCCGUCCCUAAACGACAGCCUCCCGGGACGACGAUAGGCCCCUUCUUUCUCCUCCUCCCCGAUAGCUCCCCUCUGAGUCCCGAUCGACAGUCGGUGCGAACUAAGUCCAGAUCUGGGAGUGUCGAUUCCUGCCUGCCUGAUAACAUAGGUGUAAUUCCGUCCGGCUAGUGGUUUCUUAAAUCUGUCAAUAUGGUGGAAAUUUUGAGCAGUUACGGUUCAAUCUGCGGCAUAUAUGAUGGCUCUCGUUUUGGUAAAAGCUCUGUUAGAAAACAGGAGCGAGUCCGUCCGUCUUUUUGCUUCCUGAAUCUUCGACACAGCAAAUUGAGUUGUCUGCAGAAUAAUUGCAUUGUCGAGCAUUCACCUGUCCUGCUGGUGGUGGCACAAAGUGGUAGAUUGUGUGAACUCAAGCCGCUUGUAAUGUCCAGAACGACUAAAAUUUCCUUCUCUAUAAGACGAGAUCAUGUUGUGUCUGCUUGCUACUGUAAAUCUGGUGUUGCAUGUAGACAGCAAAUUAGCAUGCUGACGUGGGAUCAGGAAGUCAGAUUCAGCACGAACGAGUAUAUCCAAAAGCAGCUGCCUUUGGGGAGCCCAGUAAUUCAACAAGAGCUUGGUGUUGAAAUUACGCAUGAUCUCUCAUGCUCAAAAUUAGAGAGGCAGUUUCAGCUUUCGGAAGGAAAGUUGCUGUUUUUAGAGGAACAAGAUGAAGAAUUGUUGUCAAAGCGGGUUUUGAUCCUCAGCAGGCUGAACAAAGUUAAGAGUGCACUAGAAAUAUUUACUUCGAUGACAGCCUCUGGCCUUCGACCUAAUGCUCAUGCUUGUAACUCGCUUCUAUCAAGUCUUGUGCGCAAUGGAUCACAUGAUGAUGCCUUGAAGGUUUUCGAGAUAAUGAAUGAGAAAGGAAUGGCUACCGGCCAUACUUUUAGCUUGGUACUUAAAGCUGUUGCUAGUGCUCAAGGUUGUAAUUCUGCUUUAGAAAUGUUCAAGGCAUUGGAGGAGGCAGGAAUAUCAAAAACUUUUGAUGUUAUUGUUUACAAUACGAUGAUAUCAAUCUGUGGGAAAGCUAGGAACUGGAUUGAGACUGAGAGAACCUGGAGAAAGCUAAGGCAGAAUGCGCUUAGAAGUACCAUGAUAACUUAUGAAUUGUUGGUCAGUAUUUUUGUGCAGUGUGGGCAGCCAGAAUUUGCAGUUGAUGCAUACUAUGAUAUGAUUCAGAGUGGACUAGAACCCAGUGAGGAUAUUCUGAAAGCAGUUCUUUCUUCGUGCACCAAAGAAGGGAAGUGGGAUCUGGGUCUCAACAUUUUCCAGAAAAUGUUGGAUCAUGGCAUCAAGCCCAAUAUGAUUGCCUUUAACUCAAUGAUCAAUUGCCUUGGAAAGGCUGGGAAAGAUGAUCUUGCAUUCAAGGUCUAUUAUCUCCUGAAAUCAGUAGGGCAUAGGCCUGAUGGAUACACAUGGAGUGCAUUACUGUGUGCUUUAUAUAGGUCUAAUCGAUAUGCUGAUGCCAUACAAUUAUUUGAGGGCAUAAAAACAAAACAAGAUGUUGACUUGAAUGCUCAUUUAUAUAAUAUGGCUCUCAUGUCUUGUCAGAGACUUGGUUUAUGGGAGCGUUCAUUGCAGCUGUUAUGGCAGAUGGAAAAAAGUGGAAUUCAAAUGUCAACUACCUCUUAUAACCAUGUGAUUUCUGCUUGUGAGGUUGCAAGGGAGCCAAAAGUUGCAUUGCAAGUGUAUCGGCACAUGAUUCAGCAGAAGUGUGCCCCAGACACCUUCACAUACUUAUCAUUGAUUAGAUCAUGCAUCUGGGGAUCCCUUUGGACCGAAAUAGAGGAAAUCAUGGAGGUUGUUGCACCAAAUUCUUCCCUAUACAAUGCACUUAUUCAUGGGCUUUGCUUACGAGGCAAGAUCGAAGUGGCGAAAAUAAUGUACAAGAAAAUGCGCAGCAUUGGACUUAAACCAGAUGGCAAAACCCGGGCAUUGAUGCUACAACACUUACCAUGUGAUAGUAGGAGAAGAUGAAGUUCUUAGAGCAGUAUUACUGUAUUCCUACAACUUAUCGUAAAGAUCUCUGGCCGCAAAAGUUUCGUGGAUCAGAGAAUCAAAUACCCAUAUAUCAAGGCAAGUUGGCAGAUCGUGCAUCAGUCACGACGAACAAUCACAAUCCCUGCUAACCUUGGACUAUCAAAGUGCUGGUGAUUCAAACCGGACUACUUUGAGCUUGGGAGACUGGCGCUGUCUUGCGGAGCAUGUCGAUUGAUCACCGAGGUUUGUGGGUUGAUCAAUGACAGCAGUUCGUAUAAUUCGACUUCAGAAAAUAUUGCAGCUGAAUAAAGAUUCAUGCACUUCUUAAACGUGCAUGUAUGUACAACCAAAAGGCAAUCUUGUUCUCAGUUACUUGACCACAUAUUGUUUGAACCAAGGUGAAACCAUAUAUGUUAGAACUGAUGUUGUGAAUAGAAAAUCGACUUACCGAUCA